CAGGGGCGUCUUUAGUGGAGAAAGUUCCUCGUGUGGGGAUAAUGCACAUGCUGGCCCAAGUCGGUGGGCAGUGGCCUUCCCAGGGGCUCAUUCCAUCCGGCCACAGCCUUUGGUUCCAGGUUCAGCUCUUCUCAUCCUGCGUUCUCUACAGCUCAGCCUGCCCUGACCUUCACUUUUCCUCGAUAGGAGAAACCUUAAGCUUGACUCUUGACGAAGCCACCUUCCCCAAACUAAGCUCUCAGUGGUCUUACUUUUAAAGGAUGCUCCAGCACUUUCAGCACAGUCAAGGAUGUCUAGCUUUGAGGUCUAAGUAGGUUUGUGACUGAGAGAGGAGCCGGAGCUAGGAUUCUUUCUUCUGCCUCAGUCAGCUUCUCAGAGCUGUUGGGAAGUAGCUCAUCCGCUCCUUGGCCGGAGUCCUGCCAGCUCUGUCUCCGCAGGAGCGCCCGUCUUUGACAGCUGGGGUGGGAGAGCACCACCCGAGGAGGAGGUCCUGAUGCUGCCAGUCUGAGGGGAGGGAGGAUUGUCCUUCAGGCAGUGGCUGUGAACUGAGGCUUUCUACACUGCCCGGCCUCUGCUCAUCAACACCUCUUCAAACAGAUGUGCUUUCAAAAAGCUCGAAGUCCCUGCCACUUGAGACAAAUCUCUGAUUGGUUUUCUCACCUGGAAGCUCGUCCUCUGGCUGGCCUGUCUCUGUCUCUGACCUCAUCCCUGAGGUGAUGUCACAGCACCACAGCUCUGCUGUCCCCAUGGCAACAGCCUCCCUUGGUUAACCAGCCAGGGCAGACACAGGGCUGCUGGCAGAGGUGGGGAGUGGUAAUUCCACCUAACCUGGGUCAGUGACCCCUGAAACCCCACGUGGACCACCUUAGGACUAAAUUGCCGUGUCUGCCCCUUCUCCUCUGGAAGGGGGGGGUUCUUUUUGUGCCGGCUGUUGGGGGAGAACGUGUGACCAGGCCACGUGACCUGAUGCAGAUUUAAAAGUCCGUCUUACCAGCAAGAAUAGACAGCUCCAUAGAAAGUGCUUCCUUUCACCCGGCCAACCUUUGCCUCCCUGUAAUGUGUCCUCCUUGGCCUGGCUCAGUCAUCUGGAGACGCACACGAAAUGCAGAGAGACACGGAGCAAGCAGCCCAGCUGAGCCCCUCUUCCGAAGAUGAAGCCUUAGUUUUGAGGCAGAAGCCGUCAGAGAUGCCAGCCGAUGAGGAGGACAGUACCGCUCUGCAUCAGUGGAAAGCAAGGCAGCUGCAACGCCUGGCUGAGGAGUUAAAGGCAGAGUGGCAGGAGGCCCGGCUGCAGCAGGUCCGACAGGCCGAACGCCUCUACUUAGCCCACCUGUUGGACGAGACAGCCGAGCGGUCCGCGGGAAACGAUUCCAGCGUGGAUGAACGGAACCAGAGAGGAACAGCAAAACACACGAGGGCUAAAGAGAGAAACCGAGCGGCAUUCAGAGAGGAGAGGGGCCGCAGGGAGGAACACCCCAGGCAGCACCCCAAGUCCCGGAAAAAGGCACCAUGCUCAGAGAGACGCAGUUCUGCCAAAGCCCGGGGCCCAGCCUCUGGUGAGAGGGGUAAAGGGAGACGGGUGUCUUCAAGUAAGAGCCACGGUGGCUACCAGGGCCCUCGGGUGACCAGAAGGGUAGGUGUGGAGAAGCUCAACCCAUUCUUUGAUGGAGAAACUGACUGCAUGGAGGAAGUACAGAAGGAGUUCCUCCGGGAGGGGAGGCGGCCCUCGGCAAAGGGGACUCACAACCUCAGGGACCAGAGUCUACAAGGCAAAACAGCAGCCCUAACUCAGCCCUUGCUCCUCGGCCCCACCUGCAAACAAGAGGCUGCAGCCCAGGGGCCCCCAAGCAAGUACAACAAGAAUCUGUGGCACAAAGAAAUUGAAUCUACCUUUGAAGAAUUGUUUAACACAAACAGGAAGCUGAAGAAGCAUCUGAGCUUGCACCUCGAACAGAGACUCAAGGCAGAGCAGAGUCCAGAUGAGCAACAGAGCUGCUCAGAGACCCGGAGUGGGAACUUUGGCACCCUGAGAGAGGAGACUACGGAGGAGGUGGAAACCGCCGAGGCGUCUGGGAGCCCAACUGAGGUGGAGACCCCUGAGAUGUACAAAGCCAAUCUGAAACAGAUACUGAGUGACACGGAGUACCCCAGAUACCAACAGAUAGCCAAGUACCCGUUAAAGAGUGAGAGCUUAGUGCCUGUCAAGGCAGGGACAUCUAGAGAACAAGAUGACUUAUUCUCACUAAGCCCAGAGUCAGGACAGGAGCCACCCAAGUCCCCUGCGGUGGAGGACGAAAGCCUCAAGCCUUACCUGCAGAAACAGGCAGAUUCUGUAGCCAGCUGGAUGGCUCUGAGGCAAAAGCAGAAGGCAGAGUUGGAGCAGAGAAGGCAAAAGACACUUUUGGAGCUGACAGAACACCCCAACAUGAGCUUGGAGAUCCACUACAAGGCCGAGCUGGAGGAGGAACGCCGGGAGCGUAGACGGAUGCGCUUGGCUCUCCUCAAAUCUAAUUCCACUGGGAUCCGGGCCCUGCCCCCUGACCGAAACAACCUGUCCCUGGACAACGGCCUUCUCGAUGAGGACAAACAGAACCAGAUGAUUCGUGACCUUCAGCAGCAGAUCUUAGAGCAAAACAAGUUACACCAGGAGUUUUUGGAAAAAGCCAGGAAACGUUUGCAAGAGUUUCAAAAAUCAUUUUAAAAGCAGACCCACCCAUGAUAAAUACAUCCCCGAUGGCUGCUUUGCCUGCACCGUG